CUGACCUCCAAAGCCGGAAGAGAGAUUGUCAUUCAUGGAGUGAAUAUCAUCUCAGUCAUAAAACUUUUUGUAAGUUGACGAGAUUUUGUUAAAACUGUGAGCAUUGUGUCAUAUUUUAAUGACCAAUCGUCAGUUUGUAGAGGGGUGUAUGUAGAACGCGGGGAAUCGUAGAAAUCGAUGUUCCAGUCAAGUGAUAUGCAGUGUCAUGCUGUGUGAGAAAGGUUGACGUGUUUCAAUGAGGAGGCACAUUUAGGGCGGGUGUUUUGUAAACAUUUAGCCACGGGGGAUAUCGCAGUGACAGAGUGCAGGUUGUCGAGCAGUGGUUUGAGUCAGUCAUAGUUUGCCACGAGUCACGGACGCAGAAACUGCCACGAUGGCCAGUAAAGCAUCAGCCAAGGUCAAUAACAACUCGAAGGAUGUCCUCACCGACGUUCAGAGCAUGACGCCUCAGGAGGAGAAACGGAUGAAUCGCGUCUACACACGCGUGUUUCUCAUGCUUCUCCUCGAUCUCAUCGCCUUUACCGUGAUCCUACCACUGCUCCCGGGGCUGCUGAAAUUUUAUGGAGAAAAUGAUAAUAGUGGCUUGUACAACCUGUUACGGAAAACAUCUUCAGGUUUCCGAUCCUUAAUCGGAAUCAAGGAUGAAGCGGCUGACUCAGUAUUUCUGGGAGGAUUGGUGAGCUCCCUAUUCUCCUUCCUUCAGUUUCUGUCUUCACCGAUUAUCGGCGCUGCCUCCGAUGUCUACGGCCGGCGCCACAUGAUGAUGCUGUGUAUGGUUGGUGUGGCCAUGUCAUACGUCCUGUGGAUGUUGUCGCACAAUUUUGCAUUGUUCGUCCUCGCUCGCUUCCCCGUCGGCGGCAUCAGCAAGGGCAACAUUGGACUCUGCACUGCCAUCGUUGCUGAUGUCUCCAAUAAGGAGAAAAGAGGGAAAGGCAUGGCUAUGAUCGGCAUUGCAUUCUCGUUGGGAUUCAUCAUUGGACCAGGAGUGGGUGGAGCCUUUACGGCGCUGACGCGGCACGAGACAAAGGGAAUAUUCUACAUAUUUCCGGCCCUCUUCGCAUUUGUCCUGGCAGCAUCCGAUAUUGUCUUCAUAUACUUCUUCAUUGAGGAGACUCUACCAAGUUCUAAAAGGUCUGCAGAUGAGAGUAAGAGGUCCAUACAGAGAAUCGGCUUUGUCUAUUUCCUGUACAUGUUCAUCUACUCCGGCCUUGAGUUCACCUUGCCCUUCCUCAUGACCUUCCGGUUCGGAUACAACAACCGGGGACAAGCAAAGAUGUUUUUAAUGAUCGGUGUCAUCAUGUUCCUAGUACAAGGCUGUUACACACGGAAAGUGAAGGCGGGAAGAGAGAGGUCUGUGGCGAAAAGGGGAAUGCUUCUUCUAAUCCCAGCAUUCCUCAUCCUGGGAAUUUCACGUUGGGAAAUGUACAACAUGAUUGUAUUCCCGCUAUUUGCAUUUGCCUCAGCUACUGUUGUGCCGUGCAUGACGACCAUGAUAUCAGUCCACGGUGGGGAUGACCAGAAGGGCAUCAUCAUGGGCAUCUUCCGCUCACUCGGGGCUCUAGCCCGCGCCACAGGACCUCUCCUCUUCUCUUCCAUUUUCUGGCUCCUUGGAGACCACUGGUGUUACAUAUCGGGAGCUGUAUCACUCCUCAUUCCACUCUUCCUGAUAAAUUCAAAGAAUAAGAAAGAGGACUAAGCAGCCAUGUUGAAUUUGUCGGCCAUCUUGGAAUAGACUGACACACAUCAUUCUUGUUUCAUCCAAGAUAACACUGGUGCUUCAGAAGAUAUAUGUUGGUCUUUUUUAGCGAAUAUGAAAGUAAAAUGAUAAAGGCUCGACUUAAUCAAAAUGUUCAAAUAUUCAAAAACACAUGAGAGAUCAGCAGGGUUUUACGUGACACACAAAGGUACGUGUGUCCACAGUCUAAGUAAACUGCGGCUCAGUAUUAUUCGUUACACUGCUAUACUGAGUCUAACAAAACCUUGUGGAAGGUCGCGUCAGGUAACCUUUGAGCGACCUAUGACCGUCCAA